CCUGCAGCAGCCAUUGCCCCUCCAAAAAUUUCAAGACCCCGCCAUCGCCAUCCCCAUCCCCAUCCCACCGAGUCACUUGUUCCCUCCCACUCGCCGCCGAUAACAAAACGUCCAACCUACCGUCGCGCAACUCCUUGGACGAUUCAACUGUACACAAGAGACAUUGCGCAUAUCCUACUCUCCGAAGAAAUCAGUCACCAUGGCUGCCCCCGAGUCCAAGACGACGCCGAACGAGUUCUUCCAGGCCAUCGGCUCCAAGGUUGACGGCAGCGAUGACCAGCAGGUCGUCGAGGAGAUCGAGUCUCUCUGUAUGAACUGUGGCAAGAAUGGCAUCACCAGACUGCUCCUGACGUCGAUCCCCUACUUCCGCGAAAUCAUUAUCAUGUCUUUCUCCUGCGAAGAAUGCGGCUUUGCCAACAGCGAGGUCCAGCCUGCCGGCUCCAUCCAGCCCAAGGGCACAUACUACGAGCUUCGCUUGACCGCCAUGGAUGACUUUAGUCGCCAGGUCGUCAAGUCUGACACAGCCACCGUUAAGUUCACCGAGCUCGACCUCGAGGUGCCCUCUGGCAAGGGCCAGCUCACAAACGUCGAGGGUCUUUUGAGCACCGUCAUCAACGAUCUCGAAUUCGGACAGGAGGCUCGCAAGGAGCAGAUGCCCGAGGUCUACCCCAAGAUUGCCGAGAUCAUCGAAAAGGGCCGCGCCAUGCUCGAGGGCAAGGCCUUCCCAUUCCGCCUCACCGUCGACGACCCGGCCGGCAACUCCUUCAUCACCCCCGAUCUGAAGGAUGGCGUUGGCAAAUGGGAGAAGCACGAGUUCAUUCGCACCCCGGAACAGAACGAGGCCCUUGGCAUCUCCAACGCCCAGGCCGACGAGCUUGCCGCCGGCGCCAACCCCGGCCUGACCGCCGAGGGCGACAUCAUCCCCAACGAGGUUUACAGCUUCCCCGCCAGCUGUCCGGGCUGCAUGCGCCCCUGCACCACGCACAUGAAGAUGGUCGAUAUCCCCCAUUUCAAGCAGGUCGUCCUCAUGUCCACCGUCUGCGACGACUGCGGCUACCGCUCCAACGACGUCAAGACUGGUGGCGAGAUCCCCGAGAAGGGCGAGAAGAUCAUUGUCAAGGUUAACGGCAAUAUCGACCUUGCCCGCGACAUUCUCAAAUCUGAGACCUGCGCCCUGGAGUGCCCUGAGCUCAACCUGUCCGUAAACCCUGGCACCUUGGGCGGUCGCUUCACGACUAUCGAGGGUCUCCUGACCCAGGUCCGCGACGACCUGCGCAGCCAGAUCUUCGAGGCCGACGGCGGCUCCGGAGGCGCCGGCGGCGGUGACUCCCUUGCCCCCGAGGAGAAGGGCAGGUGGACCGCCUUUUUCGACGGUCUUGAUGAGGCCAUCAACGGUAACCGCGAAUUCACCGUCGUUCUCACCGACCCCCUCGCCAGCAGUUUCGUCCAGCCGCUGGUCGACCCUCCCGCCCCCGACCCGUCAAUCACCCGUGAGUACUAUCCUCGCACCCACGAGGAGGAGGAGGAGCUCGGCUUGCUCGACAUGAAGACCGAGGGCUACGAGGAGGACGCCGCCAAGGAGGCUGUUGCCAGGGAGGAGGCCAAGAAGCUCGCCGAGCUCGACAAGCUCCUCGACGCCAACAUGGGCAACACCUCAUAGUGUGAGAGGGGGUUGGGUUUGUUAGGGAUGUGGUGAGAAAGUUUCAUGACGCAUUCAGGAUUAGGUGGGGGUGAUGGACAGGUGGGCGGGACGACGAAAAUACGUACAUGAUGAUGAUACCUACGCAUAGGCGGGUUUUUAAAAGUUUAGAGGGCGUUCAAUAGUACAAGCUGCCCGGCACAUUUCCAACCUUUG